CAAGCAGGUGGCGCCCUCCUCCGGCGCACAUGAGAAACAUGUAACGUUUAAGUUAGGGUUAGUUGGUUGGUUUAGUUAUCGUUAGCGUGCACCUUGCGCAACAUGCCUUCGUUGGCACGUUACCGAGGCAUGCCCCUGCGCACGAGAGACGCCGACUGCGGCGUGCGAACCGACGACUUCGCAUCCCCACCCCGGAGGACCUAGUUAACCGGAGCGAAACCUCACCUAACCAGCACGGUUAGUAAGCUAACUAUUAGCGGUCAACCGAAUGCCUCUCUUAACGCCUGCAACAACCUUACAAAACCAAUCUCCGGAGACCUUACCACGCCUCCGGGACGACGAUGGUGCUCAAGUUUACGGUCGAACAGAUCGACUUGGUUCGCCGCUUAAAAGACACCGGUAUCACGAUGAAAGAGAUCGGCAUCAUAUACUUCAAGUUGGAGCGGCUGGAGCGCACCAUCCGCAGGGGCGCCGAUCAACGCCGCUCGCCUCCUCAGCACUACGUCGGUGCUAACGGCGGUGGAUUUACGGCACCGAACGGCAUUGCGACGCCUCCGACGACCGUAGCGAGCGUGCCGACGCAGCCGCAGCCGCCGGCUCAGCAAGCGACGCCGAGGAACGAAGAGGACGAGUGCACGUCGAGCUCCGAGAGCUCGUCCACCGAGUCGCCGGCACACCAGCAACAACAGAAUGGCUUUCAACAGCAGGACUGCGCUGUCGCUGCAGUUGCAGACGGGUGUCAGAGGUCGGCGACUGCACCCCCGGACGCUUCGCAGGGACACUCGAACGCUGUUGUGCCCCGAGGCGUUCAAGGCCUGGCGUUCCCACGGCGGCACCACUUCCGCUUCACCGACUCCCAGCUGCAGGUGCUGCGGAGGGCAUUUGAGGCCAACCCCUAUCCCGAGGCGGACGAGAGGGAUGCCAUCGCCACUGAGUGCAACCUCAGUGCGCUCAAUUCUGGCGAGCCAGUUCCGACAGAUGUGACAGCCAGCAUGGUGAACAACUGGUUCUGCAAUCGUCGAAAGGAUGCCAGCAAGCUGCUGAAGCACUCCACCCCGAGCACCGACAUGACCAGGCUGCCCCAGGACGCGCUGAAGCGGCUGACCAAGCAGCGUGAGCGCUUCACCUUUGUCAAGGGCCACCUGGAAAUCUUGGAGAGGCACUAUCAGCGGAACCCUUACCCUAGCCAGAACGACAAGGAGAGGGUCGUGGAGGAGUGCAACGCCUACUCCAUGGAGAGUGGUUCAAGCCGGUGCGGCUUCAUGACAAUAACCAACGUCAGCAACUGGUUCGCCAACAGGCGCAAGAGGGAGUUCCACCGCUCAGUCCAGACACCUGACACUUUUACCCAGUCACCACCGAACUAUGGCAAUACCGUGAGCAACGUGGGGGGCCGCUUGCUGUGGAGCUCGGACAUGUCCACACAGCCACACCACCAGGCGCACCACCCGCACCACCACCACCACAACGGCGGGAUGCAGACGACAAUCAAGGAGGAGCCGCUGGACUUCGAGACGGCCACAGCCGGCUCGUACGACCGCGAGGUGCUUCCCGACAGUGGGAUGUCGUGGAGCGCGGACCUCGAGAGCGCCGUCACGCACGUGCCCGCGCCGUACCAGCCGGUGCCUCCACCGCCCCCGAUGGGGCUCGGGCAGGACGGCGUGCGGCACAGGAUGCACGGAAUGGACAGUCCGGUGCCCGGCAUGGUCCAUGGCGGUGAUGGAUCCGCGAUGCAGCCACCGCCGCCACACUCGAUGCACCAGCCGGUCAAGCAGGAAGGUAGCGACGUGUGGCCUCUUGACAACAGAAUCCUCUCGGCGGGGUGGAGAUAGCUUGGUGGGACGGGCUCGCUUCUUUUCUAUGAUGUGGCCUUGGCGUCACCUUUUCAGCUAUUGCAUUGAGUUCUUGCGAGCAUCACACUUGUCAGUUUGAAAUGUGAGUACUUAGCAGGCUGGCUGAAGUGCCUAACUUGCUUCAAAGAAAAGGAAAGAAUUUCCACCAGAAAAAAAAAAAAAAACUAUUCGGGCAUUGCCACCAUACACAAUAGGACGUGGAUCACAGUCAACACAAAGCAGUUAGCUCUACUGCCUUAAGACUACUUAGCGAUCUGGCUUAAUUAAGUGCAUAGUUUUUUCACCAGGGGGGGUAGGGCUUUUUUUAAACAUUGCCAUCAUACAAAAUAAGAUAUCAAUGAUGUCGACGUAGUAAGGCAGGUAACUAGCCUGUGCAACCUUGCAUCAGUAGGAUCUCGCAGCAAUCUUUGAAGUUGUGGCUAUUUCUGACAAGGUCCAACACGUACUAGCUGCCCUGCGGAGCAUUUCUGCUUCAAAUACUUUAUGUGGCCGGCUGUGCCGAUCUGCUUCUGCCAACCUGAAAUGGUGCAGAUGCUGCUGGUAUGCUUUUGCAGCUCGUGGUUUCUUUUCUGUGCUCACAGAGUUGUGUUAGCAGCGUUGCUCGUGCAAUGUGGCUAUGAUUUUCUAGCAUGCACUUCCCCUCAGUCCAGGCAGCUGAAAAUAUUUUGCCAAGCAACAUACCUCAAAUGCUCACCGUUGUACACAGCUUCACUAUAAUCUCAUAAUAUAACUGGAACACUUGUGUGUGCAGGGCACUUCUGCAGCACUUUGUGUGAACUUUUGACCAUCUCGUGACUAAGUGUUCACAGCAUAGUGCAAAUUGUUCAUCUGCUUUGUCCAGCUUAGGUGAACGUUUGCCUGCUCGGUGCAAGGAGCUUUUGUGGCUGUAACAUGCCACACAAGCAGCGUUCCUGUCUCUCUUUUUACUGAUGCACCUACAACGCUCUCACCAAGCAUGAUGAAACUUGUCACUUCUGUCAUCCUGAUGAAACUUGUCACUUCUUGGCACAUCUAUCUAGCUGUGCACCAAGGCACACCUCAUGAUUUCUCUUUUAACACAUGUCCUGCUUGUACAAAUGGUGUACAGUCGCACCCUCUCUCAGUUUAUGCCCUGGCAGAGCAGGUGCAAUGCGCAAAAAACCCUCAGAAUUUGCAUUUCCACAGAUAUGUGUCGAAAUGCUUCUGCAGUGAAAAAGCUGGUAAAGCAGGUAUAAUACCACCUGGGAACUCAUGUGACGCGCCCUUAGCUUAGUGCAUGCUCAGGUAACAGUACACGAACCAGGGGCCAUGUUGUAAAUCGGUCAUUUUCGGCGUGCCUAGAAAAGUGCCUAGAAAAUUGACAAGUCAAGUACAGUAGAAGCUCGUUGAUAUGAUCCCAUUUUAUAAUUUUUUUCCUGCCCUAACGUUCGCGAUCGAGAAUGCUAAAAAUGAACCAGUACAGUUACGCUUCUCUUUUACCGAUUAAUACGUUCCUGGAAAACACCAUGAUUUGGCACCGACGUUCAGGAUAUCAGCAGACUGCGAUCGUAUGAUAUGUUUUCCCUCCAAAAUGCUUCGCCUGAAAGCUACUCACUCAAGCUGAAUUCGAGGAGCAUGAACGUUCGCUUGCUGACGUCCCAAAAACGACGUGUAUUAAAUCGGCCACCAUAUCUGCGUUACUACACUUUGCAUUACAUAGAUGUCAACUACGGUUGAGUCUGCCAAAUUGUUCAAUGGCUUUGGAUCAUACAUUUUUCCCAGUUAGUGCGCUUUUUCGUUUUGGUGAAAAACAUGAACAAGGUUCUACUGUGUUUGGCCCGAACUCAUUAUUGUCUCGCCCCUGACCAUUACAUCAUACCCGUUCCUUUCUACACCAACACAUGCAUUUUCUGCGCAUUAAAUCAUCUGUGCAUCCAUCCAUCUGCAUCCGUCUGUCCGCACCCAUUCGUCUGCAUUCAUUUGUCUGCACCCAUCUAUAUGAACCUGCCUGUGUACACCCAUCUGUCUUCACCCAUGGAGGAAAGAAACAAAAUAGGAGAGGCUCUGACGUCCAAUUUUUCGAAGCCAGAUAUGGAUGCUCUUCCGCCUUGGUGGGCCACUUCCCUCCUCUUUUUACUCAUUUUGUCACGCCCUCUCCCACGGCAUGCUUUGCAGUCGAGCUUAUGUUGCUGGGAUUGCAGAGAGCAUUGUCAAAGUAAAAGUACCGCAAACGUGCACAGGCGUCCUAACGGUUUUUGACGACGGCCACAUUCGCUCACCAGACUAUAGGGGACCAAGGCGCGGUUGCUAUGACAACAUUGCUGUUUGGACCACCAACACCAGCGCUCUUUCGCAAAAAAAAAAGGCACGCGACUUCCACCAGACUUUUCCCAACGCAAGCCGGGCUGGCUGGGGCCUCUCCUGUUUUUCUUAUUCCACGGUCAGCACCCGUCCGUCUCCGCCUGUCCAUCUACACCCAUCUGUUAGCACCCAUAUAUCCGCACAGUGAACUUAAGAAUGCGCACUCUCCGACGGUGGGCGCUAUUGCUCAAAAGGCUGUCUGCUGCAUGAAUUGCGCAUGUAAGUGGCAAUGUUGUUGCAUCAGCUUACCACACUUGUCUCCGGAGUACUACAUAAGUGUCUCAGCCAUGAGCCCCAUCAAAAGAAAUAUCCUGUUGUUCCUGGGGCACGGGACAGCAUUACGGUAUUUGCUGUUCGGCAGACGCAUUGUGGCUGCCCAUUACUGCACUGCAACGCCGUUGGGAAAGUCGCAGUGUCGCAAGUUCUUUAACAUGGUCCACACUGCCAAUGUCUUCUUGAAGCGUGAGGACCCUGCUCUUAAAACGGUUUUUAUAUAUAAAUAAACUUUGAUGAAACUUGCACUUUUUUUUAUCAUAACGUUAAUUGCGGUGACUUCAUUCUUGGAGGAGCGUUAUCUGCGGUUCUGUUACUACUACUGAUACUGCUGCAGUUAUUUUGCUGCUUGAAAGAUGAACACUUGUAAAGUUCUAGAAGACAAAGAUGUUCAUUGCUAUUAAUACAAACUUUUGUUAUACCAGACGCCUUAUCUGAAUCGCCCGAAUGAAGUAUUGCUUCCAAAAAUUUCUAGGUCUGGAACAUCCACUUUUUUUACCUCAUUUUUUUCACUUGCGUUAACUCGCCUCUGAAUGAACUAAGUGAAACACUUAACACCGAGCUAUAUAUUACACAUGAAAAAAUAAACAACACAUUUGAUUUUCCCUGAUGUACAAGACUGGAUGCCAAGCCAGGCGCUGAGGCUAGUAUUUCAAUCUGAAAUAAAGACUCCCCACAAUGCCACCACUCAUUUCUUUUCUGUCAAGAUACAUAAAGAGUGCAAGUUUAAUCAGUUCAUGCUCACAAAUGUUCAAAAAAUGAAAUGUUUUAAGAGUACGGUCCUCCCUUAAUAUAAGGUGAACACUGUGGUGCUUGUAAGGAACCUGCCUUCAGUCAGCCUGCUUUGUCACAUUCUGUGUCGCUGCACAGCGCCCAUUUAUCAAGCCAGAACCGAAUAGGAUUGUGGGAAAACAAGUUAGAAUGUCUGUUCCAUUUUUGCCCGAAUGCGCGAUGUUCACGUGAUUCCUCCACAGAUCCCUAGUUUUGGGGCUUAAGUUCAUUUAGUGUCCAGUUAUGUCAUGAUCACUCUUCGCAGUGGUAAAGUAACUGAGCAAGCGCAAGAAGUGUUAUAAGUUCAUUCCUUCUUGUUUGCGUUUCGUUCUGGCCUGAUAGUACCAACGGGGGAUGAUGGUAUAAGGGACUGUGGAACACAGUUAGCAGCCACAGGUACAGCAGACUCACCAUAGUUCAAACUUGGAUCAUUCGGAAAUCAAGGCAAUUCUACCAAGUCUAAAGUCUUCGGUCUGGCUUGAUCGCUACAUUUUCAGUGCAUUUUGAAGCCGCUCAAUUCAAAUGCAUCCAACCAGGAUUUCAAUAGAUUCAACUGGUAGGGGCAGAGGCAUGCGUCGGAAAACGGCCGACGAGGGAACGUUCACGAGGCUUGAAUGGCCAGAAACGUGCCCGCAUUUGGUGUUUUGGGGUCACUGUAUUUUGUGAUGGGCAUGCCUUUAUGAAAUGGCAUCGUCGACCUGGAGCCGUAUUCUUGAUGGAUCACUUUCGGACACGUCACAACCAGCAUGAGGUGAUUGGCUCGAGCCAACGGGCAGCACGUCCAUCUCUUUGCUGAGACGUAGUGCUGGUUGUAAAUUUCACAGAGAAGUCAAACGGUUCCCAAAAGUGAUAUACUGAGAAUACGGGUUGUGGUUGUCUGCGAACGGAAUCAUGUUGUGUGUAUGUCUAUUCGUACACCUGUUCUGGCUGUAUACAUGUUUGUGCGCAGCCAUGUGUCUAAUUGGACUGGUUAUGGCCCGUGAUUGUGUUUUUGGUGGUACUUUAUUCAAUUUUGGGUGCUCCAAGCUACUACUAAUUCAGACAAAAAAUAUGUUGUUCUUACAAGUUAAUCGACGUGAGUCAACGGUAUAAAUACAUGUAAUGUUGUUGUUGUUUUUUUUUUACUUUUUUUUUUCCUCGACAUCCAUCCAGUUGUGUGCUUUAACGGUGCACUCGUUUUGUCGUGCAGUUGAAGGCGUUGGGUUUGAGCCUGCAAUCCCGGCAUCGCUUUUUUAACGAGCCGGGAAUCUGCAGUGGCAACUUGUGAUCUUGUACAGCCUGCCCCCGCAGGCAUUCCUCGCUAUUUGAUGAUUGUGAUCACUCUGUGUUUUCAGACUGUGGUCGUAGCAGUCGCGCCAUACCGUACUGCCGUGAUAAACGCCGGUUUGCGUUUGCCACUUGGCUGAAGCGCACGCCUAUGUUCACUGACCAGAAGACUAGUUGACGGCUACGACCACAGUCAGAAACAUGGCCCUACGGUGCUGGGCUCGUAUUCUGACUGGUUGCUGUUGAGACUGUCCCUUGACUGCCAGUGCUCAUUGGCCGAAGCAGCAGAAGUUGUAGGGCCGGUUUGACUGUGGCGAAAAGCCCGACCGUGGUGGCAGACAGUUGCAGUCUGCUAAAGCUUAUGCAGGGCAACCUCGUGUUUCGGUGACUGAAAACAAUGUCGGGUUCAGCCUUGCAAUGACUCCUGUUUACAAUCAAAAUCAAUUACGGCCACUGCUGGUACAAAAACUGCAGUCACUUCUUGUCAUGGUGCUGCAUUUAGUUACGAGCAUCAAAAAUUAUGUUGAGGGAAUGAGAAAGGAAUAUUUCACCUUCUGGUGUAAUUGUGGAAGGCCUAUACUGCCAUUGAAAAUCACCACGCAAGAUGUUAAGCUACGCAUGUCGAGAGGCAGUGAUGGGUGCGUGCCCUCCUCUUCAUGAGAGCGCCACUAGACAUGUCAGGAUCAUUAAUCAGCCGUUCGCCAAUGCUUCGCGUCACAAUGGAACCGGUCUGCAUCGCUUCUGCUUCGAUUUCGGUUUCUCGUGUGGCCAGGAGACAGGCCCGGCAGUUAUCAGAGUCAAAGUAUGGGCCUUGGUGUACAGAAUGUUGCGUUGCUCAGCGAGGCAGGCGUUGACUGCUCGCUCAGAUGAAAUACUGGCUCGCUUCUCUUGUUUUUCGCAGACGUGCUAUUUGGUGGUGGGUUUUGUUUACUGGGCCACUUUUUGGUGCAGUGCCUGUUUUUAAGCGUGAAAUGCUUUCAGCUCCCGUUGUCGGUGACCUUCAAGUGACCUCGAGCCAAAAGCCAGAGCCAUUAUCUGGGCAUUCAAGCGAGAACAUCUGGCCAUCGUUGCGAGAACAAAACGAGGUCAUCCGGGCAACUAGUCAAAAGUUAAGAAAAUGCGGUCUCUGGCCCGCAACCCUUUGUACAGGACUGCAUUACAUAUGCUAGUUACUUCCCAAACAAGUUACAAAAAAUAUUGCUUCCGAUUUCUUUCCUAAUGUUUGUUCACAAUGUCACUCAAGCUGUAACUUCUAGUACGAUUAAGUUUUAUUUGUCAUUUCCAAUAACGACGUUCAAAAGGCAGAUACAGGGCACCAUACACUUGACGGUCAUCUUUUGGCACUGAGAUAGGGUUGCCUGUGCUCUGUUGAAUGCCAGCAGUCCAUGACAAGAAGAAAAAGUAGUUACAGAUGCUGGGCACGCUGCACUGUUGGAAGAAGAAAAGCAGUUGAAGGCAGCGGCACCACAGGCAGCAAAAGAUGCCAUAUGGUAACCAUUUCAUGCUUACAUCUACUCUCGAUUGCGGGAGAGAGUGUUUUUUUUUUUUUUUUUUUGUUCCAGAGUUAGAACAAUAACGAGCAGCGUAACUUGAUAACAGACUCGUGAUUUGAUAGGUUAGGCAUAGAAGACGCGUAUGCAAAUGGAACAAAAAGGACCACAUAAACGCCGUCUGCAGUGAGGUCUUCCUCACUGACACUUUAUCUGGGACUCUCGACGACUGCUGUGUUACAAGCUAAACACAUGUGAGCUAUGAUAGUUACAAUUUCUUCAAAAUUAUUCGAAAUAUAUCAUUGCAUGAGCUGAGAUAUCAACCGAUGCAUAGGAUCCUUUGUUGCACACAGUGCAGUCGCGCCAUCUGUUUAAAGGCAUGCGAAUCAGGAAUCGAAAGUGAGCAAGAAAUAGGAAAAUAAAAGUGUUUAACAUGCGAUUUUUGUAUUGAAAGAGAGGAGAGCAAGGCAGGCAAAUUUUGUAAGAGGUUGUCUCGGAAUUGGCCAUCAGAGAAUCCACCAAAUUAUGGUGAUGUGGGGGCACUGCCAUCGCCGACUUCAUUUAUCUGUGCCUUAGUGACGGCUUCUCCGUUACGCAUGGUCGCAUGGCCGUGAGCGGUGAAUGGAAAACAACCACACCACUCUCAUGUGGGAGCAUAUACAGUAACUUUAGCCAGGAAGAGUGAAAGUACUGUACACUUCAUAAAUUCUACGAUUGGCAUUUCAUUGUCCAAGCAACAACCACUCUUGUUGGAAAAUAGAUAUUUUUGGUACUAUGUCACAACGUAUGGUUUAUACUUGCAAUUACUUUUGGACGAAACAGACAAGUAUUGCACCAGAACAGGGCACUGAACAAGAGCGACCACCAAGCACUGUUUCUGUGCAAAAACUGGUUGCAUGAGCGAGUAAAGGGAGUUAAUUUCGUGGGAGUCCUUCUACAUCUGCCUCUCCAAACAACGCAACAUUCGGUACGAUGAGAAGCUUCACGUUGUUGUACAGCAGCCUCGGCUGACGUGUGUGAAAGGAGGUAUCCAAAUGGAUAGUGGCCUUGGGUUGUGAUAAGAAAUGUGUGUGGACCUGUGUGUAUGAAAUGAUGAUAUCCAAACGGAUAGUGGCCUUGGGUUGUGAUGAGAGCAGUGUGUGGACGUGUGCGUUUGUGUGUGUGCGUGAAAGAUAUCCAAAUGGAUAGGGGCCUUGGCUCUGUGGUGAGAACAGUAUGUGGAAUUGUGUGCUUGUGUGUGCGUGCAAGAUAUCCUUAUGGAUAGAGGCCUUGGAAUCCGGUGAGACCAGCGUAUGGACAUGUGCAUUUGUGUGAGUGAAGAAAAAAAAAAAAAAAGGAUAUCCGAACUCCUUUCAAAAGGGGCCUUGCUGCUGUGAUGAAGCGCGAGCAUGUGGAUGCGUUAUGUCUGUGUGUGCGUCAAGAAGUUAUCCAAAAUGGAUACUACAAGGGGCCUUGGGUUGUGAAGAGAAUAAUGUAUGGCACAAUGUGCAUUUGUUCUAUGCUUGUUGAGAUUUAGCCAAAGGUGAAAAGCUGCCAAGUUACCGGUGCAAAUAAUUUUGGAUGGACCUUUUUGUGGGAGUGGGGUGGGUCGCACAGUAGUGAGAGUGGGUUGGAUAUGGGGUUGUGCACUUGAAUCUUCAACUCCGCUUUGACGGCCCUUGUAUUCGGCUGCAGGAUUCGUGUGCCCUUGCAUUGUUCAGUGGUUGAGGAAGUAAGGAUGAGCACUGCAUUGUUCUUUUCAUUAAUGGCGUCUCGUUAUGGUGGACUUCAGAUAGAGACAUGUAUGAAAACGCGAAGGCAGAAUAGGAAAAAAUAGGCUUGGCCCACGACAUUAGCCUCUUGGCUUGCAGUGUUCUGAAACAUGAAGUGUUGCGGGGGCAGUUACAUUUUGCGGAGAGGUCGGGCUGUGAUCGAGGGUCUCAUCUCGAUCGGCUGCUUUCGGGGAUUUCACCUUCAGGGCAUGUUGAUCGGCUAAGGCAGUGGAUGUCCGGACGAAAGAAACAGCAGACAUCUCACCUGCAUUGUUUUCACAUGUAGCGUAGAUCCGGAGUGCGUUUAGGCGGGAUGGCCAUAACUUCAGUCAGGUGUUCCAUUAGAUGCUGUGUUGUCGCGCAGGGACCGAAAAUGUCCCGGAAAGCGACUGAUAGAGACACUGGGGUUAAUUCUCAUGCCAUGCUCGGCACAUGCCGUUUCCAUUCGUCAUGGUCGGGCCGACCAGUCUCGGCACAUCGUACAUCCAUUGUCGUGCCGGUGUUUUUGCUCACUCAUUAGGAGGGGUGCUGGGCCAUCUUCUUCUCAGCAGUUGUGUGUUAGAUGCACGCCUGCUCAAAGGCUGGCGAUGUCGACGAUGCUCAUCGUCAGAGAUCACAUCGGCAUCCUCUGAUUUGUAGCUAGCCAUGGCAGAAUGGCACCUCUGCAGUAUUCUGUCUUUUAACAGCUGUUUGUGAUGUCUCCUGUUGGAAUUUGGUGCUUAACUCGAUUCAUUUCGCAACAAGCGCAUACUUAAAGCAUUGCUCUGCAAGCUGUCGCACAGAAUUUUAAUCUCUACAAUUGCUCUCCUACACUCCCUACCUUGGAUUGAUAUCGGUGGCUUGUAGUUGCUUGAAAGCCACUGUUUGACAACAUUUGCAGUCACUAGCUGCAAAUGCUUUAGCUGCUCCAGUAUAUGUUGGUGCACUUUGUGGAUGCCCUUCCAGCUGUUGUUCUUGCUACUGCUGGUGUAUCGGGCUUAUUCCGGCCAGCCGGGAUUUGUGGCUGUUUUCUAUUUUGAAGCCGGUACAGUUCGGUUUGGCCACAGCAGCAAUACAGGGACCGGUAACCUGCCACAGCAGGAAACAUCAAAGAUUAAUUUAGUGAUUGAUUAUUGUGUAGCUCCACCUUUUUUUUUUACCCACGUUUUUGUUUACGAAACCUGAAGUUGUUAUUGAAGGUGGAAGGGUGGCAUGUUUUGUUAUCGUUUUGUGUGCUUGCACGACUAAUCAAACAGUUCAGAUCUGCUCAUGACAGUUUUUACCUUGUCGCCGUUUUGUUCCCGUGCAAUUUAGUGAAGGUUUUUUUGUCGCAGUACAAAACUUAGACUCUCUGAGCCACAUUCUACCCCCCCCCCCCCCCCUUGUUUUUUUUUUUUUUUUGUAAUAGAUGAGUGGGAUUGUGUUCUCUGUUUUAUUGAUUUUUAGCACACAAAUGCAGCUUACAAUUAUUAUGUACAUUUGUGUAUGAAACUGUAAAUAAGCUUUGCCAUGCUCACUUCUGAUGGGUGUUUAAAACAUGAGAUAUCGACUUUGGCAAUCUGUGACAUCAAUGUUUGCCACGUGUUGUUAUGUCUGUUCGAGCUUCAUUGUGCACUCACAAUCAAGAAUACAGCAUGCUGGUGAAUACCGUUGGACGUGUGGCCUAUAUUCGUGGGAACACUUUGGUGUGUUAAUUCGUCACUGCACAGGACUGUUACCUACUAACUCGGCACUGUGUCGAACCUUGCAUUGCAGUCACCAUGCUGCUGUGUUUCUCUUUUAAGCGAUACUAAAGGCGAACGCUACUUGAAGGUAAGGUGAUAGAUGAGUGCGCUUAAAUGUGCAAACUGGCAUUCUUACGACCUUUUGAGGAAAUGGUGUAAACGUAGAACUAGCAGUUCCACCAUUGUUGCAAAUGUGCAAAACAAGCUUCUGUUGACGGCUGGUGUCCUGCUUGCUUAUAACAGGAAAAUAGUAAACAAUCAUUGGUAAUGGUCCCGCUUAUAACAGGAAAAUAGUAAACAAUCAUACAGCGUUAGCUUCUUGCGUUAACGUAUGCAGUGGACGAAAUACCAGAACACCAAGAAGAUAGAAAGUGUGGCAGCACUGGUAAUGUCAUCUUGUGGUGCAGGCAACAACUAGAGCAACUAUGUUCUACACAUCUGCUCGUGCAAACACAUUGGCAGCAACCUUCGCGUAUGCUGGAUUUCUUUUUCUUUCUGCCUCUUCUGCCAGAAUAAUGACGCACAUAAAAGAAAGUUUGUAAGGCAUUGUAGUUUAAGAAAGCGUGACAAGAUGACGCUGCCAGCGCUGCUGCUGGUGUAGACGCCUGCAGUAUUCUGGUACACUGUAAACUGUACUUCGUUUAACAACAGGCUAAAACUCUUAAAUAAUAAAAUCAUUGAUCGCAUUUGAACCUGAAAGAAGAUGCGCUUUGGUCGGUCUUAUUGGAUUUUCUGCAGAUCAACUUGCUGAUGGUACCUGUUCAAACUUCUCUUUCGGUGCUCUUUGCCAUAGUGUGAUGACCUCUGUGUUUAGGCCUAUGUCUCGAAGCCUUGCCGUAGCAUCCUGCAGAGCGCAACCUAUGGAAUGGCCGUUGCAGUGGCGAGGAACAAACAGUGGGAUAUUUUGAGGACUAAUGUAUCACUCUAGCUAGACAAUUUUUGGUUUUAGUGUCUCUUUAAGCACAGUAGUGCACCAGGUACGACUGACCAAUGAUCGGAGUGGCUCAUGUUUGUUCAUCUAAUCAGUGUUAACAUUGCUUAGUGAGGCAGGUAUAAGUGGCUCUCCUGAUGAAACUGCUUGCCCAUUUGCACUGGGGUUUUGCGUGGAGAAAUAGUUCCUGCAGUCUUUGUUUACACCUUGUUUUGGUGCAGUAUUCACUAGUUAAGUCCACAACGGGUCUGAAGUAAGUGCCGUCUGCAGUGAUUGCAAAUAAAAAAAGAAAGAUUUUCUCAGUAAAAGCGCCCCCUGUUGGCAGGAGGGCACGUUACAUUUUUGAUCUCACAGAAACAGAUGACGCAAACUUCUGAUUCGAUAUGGAGGGAGAAGGAAUGUCCUGCACCUAAACUAGAAAAUAACACAAAAUGCACCAUCGCAUACUGCCUGUGUGUUAAAUUGGAGCACUAUCAAACCAGUGGUUCAUUUUGCGUGUGAUUCUCAAGUGAUGGAGCGCAGCACUCUGUAGCUUUGAUUGUGACCACCUGUGCCAUUAGCAGCACAUUGUAGCCAGUGAACUGAAAGCACAGCAGAAUAACCUGCCUUAUUAAGCAAGCACAACCGCGCAAAAGCUACUGCUGACCAACCAUUGGAAUCGUGCACAGCUGCUGGUCCAUCGCUCUGACUGUAACUGUCGGUGCGGUUCGCAGCACACUGUAGGCACCGAACUUAAAGCAAAGAAGACAACUAGUCUGGAUAAAAAAUGGCACAGCUAUUACUUUGGUGGCGUCUGUACUCGACUACUCGCUAGCGCCGCCUGUUUGGCAUUCACAAUGGUGCAGUGGCAAGUCCACGUGUGGUAGCCACCAACGCUUAGAAUGACGAGCUUUCACUAAUUGCAGGCACGGAGUUGUUGCAUGAUUGGCAAUCUGUGCACAGUGGCGAGUUGGUGGUGUCAUAUUUGCACGGCCGCUCGAUGGAAAAAAGAGGGGUGCGGCCUGCCAAGUUGUGUUAGGCCAUACUUGCAUUAGCAACCACUGUCAGUCACCUCUGAGAGUGCGACCAGUAAGGGUUGGCUAAAAACAAUUGGCGGUUGCAGCAGCGUCUGCUUUAGAAGAGCGGGCAAGCGGCAUCUGCUGUAAGCGGAUGCUUAUGUUGCAUUUGCUUUAGCGUAAUAUGUUGGACGAAUGCAUUAAAACGUCUACUUCAUGCAUCUGCUUCAUUGUGUGCAAGCAUCACCACAGCUAUUUGAAGAAUGCACUUUAUAGAGCUCUGGGUCUACCCUGUUGACACGUGGUCACUGUAGCUACCUGCGACGUGCUCAUGCCGUGGGGUGUGUUUCACCCACGGCAGGGGACGCUACGUCAAUAACAUGUUGGAGGUACGCUUUACUUGAUUGAUGCCCAAAUUAUCGCAACUGGCUUUGAGCAAAUACGCCGUUUGCAUUAGGUGAUUUUAAAUUUCCCACGCUUGGUCAUCAAAGCUUGCCCCGGCUAGUUGGCAAGACAUGCUUGCACUCUCUGCAGUUGAUGCGGCACACCGCACUGUGUUCUUUUCCAUCGGGUGGCCAUUUUUGUGCUUGGUUCAAAGCCUGUUACUUGCAGGCUGUCAAACUCUUGACAGUAAACAGUGGUAAAUGUUGGUUAUUAUCGUCGUCACCUGUUGUGCGUGUGUCUCCGGAAGAAAGCACUGACUCGCGACACGUCACCCCUAUCUGUAGUCGACGUAACUACCUGCCCCUUUUCAUAUGGAUGGUCUUAAUCGGUGGAAGCUUACAAAACAUGGUGCUGUGCAGGGCUGCGUGUGUUGACUUUCUGGGGUCCACGAGUUGUUGUCGUCGUAGUCGUACUACUCUCGUUCGUGUCGUUGGAGGAAACGUCAGAAAUGUCCGAAUUCAUCCUUAAAAAAAAAAAGGGAAAAAAAAGGAAAGCGCACUUAUGAUUGUGAUAAGCACGAGAAGUCAAUGGUACAAGCGAGAUUUGUUAUGGUGGAACACGGCUAGCUCACCACUGGUUUUUUCCUGGGAGCCUGCCAGCUGGGACCUGUCGUUGAUGGCACGUUUGGUAUCCCUGUAUAAAAGAUCAUUUUUUUACCGUAGCGUGUCGUAUUUUUGCACCUUUUAAAUAUGAUGAGUUGCGUUACCACGCAUGUGAUAAGAUGUCGUUUCGAAUUGUCUUGCUUUGAAUGCUUCAUUUAGAGGUGAGCUUUGGUAUCCUUUCUUUGUUCUUUUGCCUUUUAUCUUUCUUUCUUUCCUUUUCUAGCAUCGUAAAGAAUUGUUUCAAACUUUUGACGUGGUUCUCGUAAUCGAUAUAUGGGAGAAAGUACCACUGAAUGUGUGUGUUCUUUAGCAUUACUUUAGUUUCGCAUCUUCUUUUUUUAUACACAGUGUGUACAGUUCUAAGCGUUUUGUCUGAGCAUUGCUUUUUUUUUUUCUCACUGUCACUACAUACAGCACACUUCUCUUGUCACUGUACCUCACACUGCUCUUUUUUACUGUGUGGGUCAACCUGUCUGUGAUUUCAUUCUAGGCCAGUUAUGAGACAAUUCACUGAAUGUAUAUUGCCGUAUUAAAGAUUUUUUUAUCUGCGC